AAUUUCUAUGCUUAUUGCCAAAUUCAAUUAAAAAUGCUCAUGAAAAUUUAUCGUCAAAUUAAAGAAACAUGUUGAUAAGUAAUCAAUAUUAGCAUCAAUUAAUUUUCAAUGAUAAUGUGUACUAUUUGUGAAAGUUAUUGAUUCUAAAUAAAUAGUAUUUGGGUUCAAAGGCUAAGAAGUAAGGUUAUCUCUGAGUCAUACUUGUCAAAUAUAGAAGAGAAAAAUAUUUUCAUUUGUUGAAUUAUUUAUAAAGUGGUCAGAACAAUUUUAACAGAUGAAUAAAAAUAGAGAAAGAUCACCUGAAAUGGGAAACACAAAUAGCCGAGGAACAGAAUGGUCCAUAACAUAUUCCAACAUAGAAUCCAGACAUAAUGAAGCUUAUAAAAUUAUAGAGGAAGCUAUAUUGUUAGAGGAACAGGAAAAACCACAAGAGGCUUUAGAGAAAUACAAGAUAGGUUUAGAAAGGAUAAACGAUACUUUAUCUAUUCAAGUAUCAUGUCCAGAAAAUCCAGACAUAACAUGGAAAAAAGCAGGACUAAUGAUACAGAAGAUGAAAAAAACAAGAGAGGAAGUCUCACUUAGAAUCGAAUCUUUGAAAACCACUCUUCCUCAUGAUUCUGAAGUAAAACCUUUAUCCUCUUGUGAAGAGGCUGCAUCAUCAACAGAUGAAUCUUCAGUAGAUGGAAAUAAAAACAGUGUUCCUAAGUCUUAUGCAGAACUUUCUGCUGAAUUAGAACAAUACAAUUUGGGAUCGGAAGUGAAUUUCUAUUCUGAAAUUAUAUACACUGAAGAUAAUGUGAAACUAUAUUUCAUUUCUGGAAAUGGAGUUGUUUCUUCAUAUUCUGAGCCUGAUGUUUUAACUGUAGCUAUUACUAAAGGAGAACAUUCGAAUCAACCCAAAGGAAUUUUACAGGUGGGCAAUUGGAUAUUCCCACUAGUACCAGGCGCAUCACCCUAUUUCAAAACAGAAUACAAAGGAUUCGUUUUUCCUGAUAUUUAUUCAGAGGAACAAGAUGCUUCUGUUGCAAUUGUCCUUCCACCAGAAGCAGAUGAUACCUUAGAAAAUAUUCUAUAUGAAAUAGUUGGCAAACAAUCAGAUAGUACUUUAGAAUUAAAAAGCCAAACAGAAGAAGGGGAAACAGAUCUUAGUGAGAAGAUAUCCAACGGUAUUAUCACCGGUGCUUGGUAUUUAUCUUGGGGAAUAAUAAAAGGUGCAGAAAAAUUAGGUGAAAUUAUGAAUUAUGGUACACCGAAGUUGAUUGAUAGAAUGGCUCCUCAUAGUGACCCUGCUGAUUUAGACAGUAAACUCAUCAAAGGAAUGCAGAUAGCAGAAUGUACAACUAAAAAAGUUGCCAAAGUUACUGGAUAUGCUUCUGAACAAAUUGGUUGUGCAAUGAUGAAAUUAGGCACUUUUUUGGCACCGCAUGUUCAAAAACAAGGAACGAAUUUGUUAUCAUAUGGAUUAGAGAUACCAGAAGAGGAGGCCUCAAGAAAAAUGAGCAAAGUGUUAACAGUUGCUGCUAGUGCCGUAGAAGGUUUUUCGACAAUUUAUAAUGGACUGGAAACUUCUGCUGGCAUAUUGGGAGAAAGUUUGAAGAAUAAUAGUGUGAAAAUCAUAUCUCACAAGUAUGGAACCAUGGCUGGUGAGGUAGCUGAAGAUACUAUGAAUACUGCUGGGAAUGUAUAUAGAAUCAGUCAACAUGCAAGCAUCAUCGCACCAAAAAGAUUUGUAAAAAAGGCUGCCAAAGGGGCAGGAAAAGGAAUUGUACUUGAAUUAGCUUCUAAACCUUCAACAUCAGAUAGCCAAAUGCCUGGAUUAUAAAUUCAAAAUUCUUCCUUCUUGUCUAGUCCGAAAAUUUAUAUUUCUGAUAAUCAUUACUUGUUUUCUAUAUUUAAUUCUUUUGAGAUUAUUUUUUUAUAUUAUAUAUAUGUAUAUAUACACACACAAGGAGACAUUAUUGGUCCAAAGAUUUGUUGGUUUGGUGAAGGUAAUCAAAUAUACAAAAAAAUAAAUAAAAAGAAUUUCAAAGACCUAAAUUUCAAGUAUCUUAUAAACCCAACAAAAAGUUUUGAAUAUCGAUAUUUUUAAGAAUUAAAAUUAUUUAAUAUUAUAAUCAAGGCUAGCAAUAUUUUCUAAACUCUGUAUUACACUAGACCUUUUUUGUGUCUAUUUCCGAGCCUGACGGUGCUUUUUUAAAAUUAGCUUACCUCGGGCCUAUUUUGGGGGCUAGCAAGAUAUUAAGCUAAACUUUUUCCCCUGAAGUGUGGGUCGACCAAUACCAUUGUCAUAUGUCAUAUUUCAAAUUAGGAAGGACACUGUCUACAACAGCUUUUGUGAUUUCACUUCAUAUUUCGUUUAUAGUAUUAAUACAGAAAAUGUGAUAUUUAUCUCUCAAAUGUUUAUGAACAAAACAUAAUGCACUUCAAGGUUUGCAGAUCUGUAAUUAGGGCUGAAACAAGCGUAAAAAAGCAUUGUGUGAUCAUGCCAGAUAUCUGUCAGGAAUCAGCCUAGGAAUGGACAUGACAAUAUGUGUCAAAAACGCCUAAUGAGUUGCAGGGUGAAAAGAAUCUGAUUUCCAAAGAUAUUUUGAGUCUUUCAAAUAUUCGAUCAGAAGAAUAUAUAUGUAUAUAUUUAUGUUGAAUGAGAAUUGAAACAUUAUAAAGUGAAUAAAAUAAUAUUGGCUAUAAAAAUCUAUCAGAAUUUCAUCUGUAUGUGAUAUUUUCAAAAAAUUUUUAGCGAUAUUUAAAGGAUAAUAGUAUAAUCAAGUAAGAUUGAUGUAACAAAGAAAUAAUGUGUAAUGUUUAUUGUGUGAAAUAAGGGAACAGUCAAAAUUAAAAAUUUUGGUUGAUAAUUGGAAUAAAAAAAUUAUGUUCUCAUUAUAGUCAAUGUCCGGUGUCUGAAAA